UAGUUCCUGUCCUAGUUAAGUUGUCUUCGUCCGUGAAGCGAAGAAAGAGAUUCGAGGAGAGAGAAAGGGAGAGAGAGAAGAAGAACACGAAAGACAGACAAAGGAAAGGCUCUAUUUUUCAAAGGAAGACCAGCACAGAAAUUGUCUCCGCUUUCAUUUUUCAAAUAUUUUUCGAACGACAAUGGCGAGAUUCUUCUUCUCCUUCUCCUCAGCGACGUCGUUCCUCGUGAUCCUCGCCGUGAUCCUGGCCGUCAGCUGGCUGCCGGCGAAAGUCCUUGGCGGCGGUGAAGAAAUCGGGUUUUUUCCGGUGAAGAAGGGCUGCGACGGCUCCAUAGCGGAGUGCUUGGAAGAGGAGUUCGAAAUGGACUCGGAGAUCAGCCGGCGCAUUUUAGCGACGACCAAGUACAUCAGCUACGGUGCGCUUCAGAGGAACACUGUGCCCUGCUCUCGCCGCGGCGCUUCCUACUACAAUUGCAAGACUGGCGCUCAGGCCAACCCCUACAACCGUGGCUGCUCUGCUAUUACCAGGUGCAGGAGUUAAAUUUUUAAUUUUUUGGGGGGUUUUUUUAAUUUUUAAUUUUUUUCAAGUUGGGGUUGAAAAUGGGUUUGUUUUGUUAUACUUUAACAAAGGGUUGGGGAGGGAGAGAGAAGCGAUUGGUGAUUAUGAGUACUCAUUGUUGUUACUAUUGUUCAUGGAAAUACUGUCGUUUAUAGUUAUAUUUCUUAAUUUCUGCUGUAAAAAUUGCUCUUUUUUCCCCCUUA